AUCGGUCGUGGGUAGACGUUGUUUUGCACCGGGUGAAGUGAAAGUGAUAUCAGUCCAAUCGGUGGUGUUGCUUGAGCUGUGCGCUGUCGUUUUUCGUGAUUGCGUGUGAUAACAAACAUUUGACGCUGCAAUAAUCGCGGAGUUUGAUUUUUAUUACAUUGAUACAUUGUGACAGCGUGACUUCGGUGGAUUGGUUUUGGGAAAAUGGAAGUCGAUGGAAAUACUGUGUUGGCCAGGGCUUUGAAAGAACAGGGAAUUGAAUAUGUAUUCGGCAUCGUUGGAAUCCCGGUGAUAGAGCUAUCGAUGGCAAUGCAGGCAGAAGGAUUGAAGUAUAUUGGCAUGCGAAACGAACAAUCUGCAUGCUAUGCAGCACAGGCCAUUGGAUACCUCACCGGAAAGCCUGGUGUAUGCUUGGUCGUAUCCGGUCCGGGCUUGCUGCACGUAACCGGUGGAAUGGCAAACGCCCAGGUCAACUGCUGGCCUCUGCUAGUCAUCGGAGGAUCUACCUUCCAGGACCACGAAGGUAUUGGUGGUUUUCAGGAAUGUCCUCAAGUCGAGCUGAGCAGACCUUACUGCAAGUACGCUGCCCGACCACCAGGUGUCGCCCUCAUUCCUUUGCACGUGGAGAAAGCUGUGCGGUUGGCAUGUUACGGAAGACCUGGAGCAGCUUAUCUGGACUUCCCGGGCAAUUUGCUACUGGCUAGAGUUCCUGAAGAUAGCAUUCCUAAGCAGUACGCUCAUCCAGAACCACCAAUCAUUUUCCCGAAUGUAAAAUGCGUCAAAAAAGCUGCACAUUUAUUGGCUGCCGCUAAAAGGCCUCUGGUAAUAAUCGGAAAAGGGGCUGCUUACGCUAGGGCAGAACUUCAUUUAAGGCAACUGGUUCAUCAGACAAACUUACCGUUUUUGCCUACUCCGAUGGGUAAAGGAGUGGUCCCUGAUUUGGAUCCACAAUGUGUGGCCCCAGCCAGAACUUUGGCAUUGCAAAAGGCAGAUGUCAUAUUGCUUCUGGGAGCACGUUUGAACUGGAUGCUGCACUUUGGCCGACACCCUCGCUUCGCACCCGAUGUUAAAGUCAUUCAGGUUGAUCUCAAUGCUGAAGAAAUGCACAACAGCGUACUGAGUACCGUUGCCGUUCAAUCGGACAUUGUUCCAUUUACGGAGCAGUUGAUUGACGAAAUGGCUCGAAUGCAUUACUACUUCGACAAAAAUAACGAUUGGUGGGUGGACCUUAAAGCCAAGUGCGAUAAGAACCGUAAGAUUGUUCAGGAAAUGGCUUCCAAUACGCAGGUUCCAUUGAAUUAUCACGCUGUGUUCCACCAUCUUCAAGAGUUGAUUCCGAAAGAUGCCAUCAUCGUUAGCGAAGGCGCAAAUACUAUGGAUAUAGGACGUUCAUUCUUGCACAACAAAUGGCCCCGGCAUCGUUUGGAUGCCGGAACAUUUGGAACCAUGGGAGUAGGUCCAGGCUUUGCCAUUGCCGCAGCGUUGGUUUGUCGAGAUCGUUUUCCAGGAGAGAAGGUGAUUUGUGUUGAAGGAGACUCGGCGUUUGGAUUUUCGGGAAUGGAAAUAGAAACCAUGGUUCGCUAUCAACUUCCGGUAGUCAUUGUUAUCGUCAACAACGGCGGAAUCUACUCCGGGUUCGAUAAAGCCACUUACGAUGAUAUUCGUUCGGCUGGCGAUUUGACCAAAUUAACUCCUCCAACGUCUCUGAAUGUGGAAACGCGGUACGAAAACAUGAUGAACAUGUUCGGAUCCCAGGGAUAUUUCGUUCGUUCUAUUCCGGAGCUGCAGAGUGCUGUUAAGGAGGCGCUUAUUUUGACCGACAAACCGACCAUUGUAAAUGUGAUCAUAAGCCCCCAGGCCGACCGAAAACCACAGGAUUUCCAAUGGUUGACCGAAUCGAAGUUGUAGGUUAAGCGAAUGAGAUGCUACCGUUUGAGUAACACGCUGGGCUUUAAUAUAUCCAAUUCCGUACUAAAUAUACAAGCUUAAAAUGUUGGUGCAUGGCAUAUAGAGUUGUAGUAUUCAGUUAUGAUAGUCAAAUCAAUAAAGUUAUGUAUUUUUAA